CCCGUAGACGUCCUUCAAGUGUCAGCAGAAGCAUGGCGAACGCUAGUGGUGUAACCAUGGAAGGAGAAACUAUGCGCAGUACUGACUAUAAUCCUCAGUCCUACAUCAGGAGUGACACAGAAAUCGACAAACGACUUGGUGGCACUUUGAUUGCGGUUGGCCUUGGUGUUGCUGCCGCCAGCUUUGCAGGUCGUUAUGCCUUCCAGUUGUGGAAGCCUUUAGGACUGGUCCUGUCCCAGACCGUUAAGAAGAUGCCCACCUCAGCCUUUUCCUCCCACUUCUAUAAAGGAGGGUUUGAGCAGAAAAUGACAAAACGAGAAGCCAGCCUCAUCCUUGGGAUCAGCCCAACUAGUGCCAAGUCUAAGGUCCGAGAUGCCCACCGGAGGAUCAUGGUCCUGAACCACCCAGAUAAAGGUGGAUCUCCUUACAUGGCCGCCAAGAUCAAUGAGGCCAAGGACCUGCUGGAUAAAGACCUACGUCACUGAUUUAUAAAAACGACAUCACACACAAGUCCUCUGACCUUCCAGAUCCCAACAUGGGCUGUGACCUUGACUCCAGGCCUGUAUAGAUGUGGUUCCAGACAUUGAGUAUUGCGCCAAUGUACCAUUCCCAAUCCUUGUUUGUUUUUUUCUUCUCUCUUUUCAGCUGAAGUGGACUUUUGUUAAUCCUAAACUGUUUGUUUAUUGUGUGUGUAAAUAUAGUUGUAAAUACACUAUAUUGUAAGAUCCAAGAGUAAUAUUCUAUAGAAUAAUGAAUUUAAACAUUGUUACCCUGUCUUUCUGGGCAGGAAAGACAUUAUGACCUCUUUUUAAAUGAAGGCUAUGAUUGGACUGCACAGGAACAAUGUCUAUCUGACCAAGGUGGGGGGAUGGGGUAUUACUAAAGACUAAAAUGUUUAGAGUUAGAAUUGGGGUUAAGGUCAGUUUUAGGUGUUUGAUGAAAUAGGAUUUUUACGGUAAUACAUUUUGUUCUCGAAGAAAAUCCUUUCAUUCAUAGUAAAACGCGUGUGUGCGUGCAUGUGCGUGGUUACAACACAUUGAACCAUUUCUGAAAUUUGCGGAAUAAAGCAUUUUAUGUCAUGAUGAUCAAUGAG